AUGAGUAGACUCUAUGAUGUUGAUAUUGGUAGCACUGAGGAUGUUGGCAUUAAUAGUAUUAGCUGCAUUAAAGUUAUGAAUAGCAUUGAUGUUGGUAGCAUUAAGGAUAUGAGUAGCGGUAUUAAGGUUAGUGGCACUAGUGUUGGAGUUUUGGACGAUAGUAUUAGCUGCAUUAAGGUUAUGAGCGGUAUUGACAUUAGUAGUAUUAAAGAUAUGAGUAGCAGUAUUGAGGUUGGUGGCACUAGUGUUGGAGUUUUGAAUGAUAG